GGGGUGGAGACCCGUGAUGGCGGCGGCGGCGGCAGCGGCGGCUGUCGAGGAGGAGGCGACUCGCUUCUUCUGCCACAGCUGCACCCGCGAGGUUCACCCCAAGCUGCCCGAAUAUACCUGCCCACGUUGCGACUCUGGCUUCAUUGAAGAGUUACCUGACCAGCAGCCGAGUGCCAGCGAUGGCAGCUCCACCAACAGGAACCAGGAUCCCGCAGCGCAGUUUUCAGAGCUGUGGGGGCGCAUGGUGAUGACGUGGUUUGCCGAUGGCGACGAGGACAGGGUGCCCAACCGCAUGCACCCGCAGAGGCCCGGCUCUUCUUCGUCGUCGCUGCCCGUGGCUGAGAGCUUGCGGGGAGAUCCUGAGCGAGACCGCGAGCGUGAGCGCGACCGCGAUCGAGACCGAGAGAGCCAGGCCAGGGACCGACGCUACCGCUUGCCGCGCACCCGGCACAGCUUCCGGCGUCACCGUGUGGAGCGCUCGCCUGCCAUCGAGGGGAUUAUCCAGCAGAUGCUCGGUGGACUCUGGGGCCCUGCACGAUCACCUUUCCCUCCGUUCACUCUUGAUGUGUUACACAGUAGCCCCGCUGAUUACGUGUGGGGAGCUGGAGGUCUGGACGCCAUCAUCACGCAACUGCUGGGACAGUUGGACAACACGGGACCCCCUCCGGCUGACAAGGAGAAGAUCUCAUCCCUCCCGCGGAUCACGAUCGCGCAGGAACACCUCAACUGCAGCAUGGAGUGCGCAGUUUGCAAAGAAGACUACAGCGUAGGCGAGAGUGUGCGUCAACUCCCCUGCCUUCACCUCUUCCACAGCAACUGCAUCGUGCCUUGGCUGGAAAUGCAUGACAGCUGCCCCGUGUGCAGGAAAGGCUUGACCUCUGAACUGGACAGCACCGACAGCAGCCAGAUGGAGCUUAUGUAGUGUGGCAGUGGUGAGUGCUUCAGAGAAGACCAUUCCUUUCCUACAAAUCCAAAACGUCAGCGUUCCCUUGUGUUACUGGAGACCUACAUCGGGCUGAGCACAUCCAGAAACAAUCCUGUGACAUAGUAAACAGUGGACAGCAUUUAAGCUGGUUGUCAUCUGUACAAAAUACAUACGUUUUUUUUUUACUUUUAAAUAGCGCUGUAGAGGUUGGAGGUGUCGUGCAGGCUGCGACAGCAAAGCAUGUUUAUUUGGGAACAUUUCCCACUUUGUGGCGCACUAGGGAUGGACAAUUUUACUAUCACAAUUUUCCCUCUGAUUUUCACUUUUUGGAACUGCACCAAGGAACCUUCAACUUACAUUUUUUUUGUACUCCAUUUUUUGGUUCGAAAGUAGAAGAUCCAACCAAUAAAAACAAACAGGCCUUGUAGAUAUGUCCCUUGAAUGUGCCCCGGGUUGUCCGACACCAUUGAAGCUUUGUUUAAGAAAAUAAAUGAAACGUUAUGGUCGGGUGCAAUUUAUUGACAUCGCUCUGGCAUCAGUCCCGUUAUUUUUGCAGUGAUAUAACAGGAUGCCUGAUUAUAAAUUUAAAGUAUUUUUUUUUCUCAUUAAUACAUUGUCCAUCCAAUGUUGGAGAGCACAGAACACAGCAUUGGGGUGUAUCUACAAGGUUUCAUUUUACAUUAAUAGAAAACACUCAAUUAGUAGUAAUGUUGAUGUAUAUAUAAAGUACACACACACACACAUUGCGUCGGCUGUGAUAAAUGCAAGUAACCGGCGAUUCACAGAGAAACCUCAAUCACUGCAAGUGCUUCGAGGGGGGCAUCUCUCACCCCACCAUGAUUUGCCAACUUGUGUUUUUUUAAUCUCAACUUUGCAUUCAGCGUUUUCUCUCUCUCUCUCAAGAUGUACUGUACAUACUGUAAGGGUGUGUUGUAUGUCGCCAAUGUGAUUUGUCUACCACCGUUGUGCAAAAUCCUGUGUGAGGUUUUUUGUUGUUGUGGAGAGUGCCCGCGCGCGUUAACAGUGCUAUCAGAAGGCCCCCGCUCGUAUCGGUUCAUUGUAAAUCGUGCAAUAACUGACUUCUACUGUCGUUAUACCCCCCCCCCCCCUUUUGCUAGUUUUGCGUUGGUGAGAUUGUUACUAUGCUAAGAUGUUUCGAUUGAGGAACUUAAUGGAAAUAUAUCGGGGUAAGAUUUUCAGCAGGUGGGCGCAGUUCCGUCUUGUCACUCGAAUCGAUUUUAUGUUAUUCUUUUACAGCAGCAUUUAACUAAAAGUGCACGAAAUACGCCGUAAAAAUGUGCCGUGUUGGAAAGUGCCAGGGUAUUGCUUUCUCCCGGGGAGAUUCGUUGCUGCUGAAAGUUAAGAGUACCCAUUUCACCUGUGAUGUCUCUGGAAGCUCUAAAUGAGCGUCGUGGUCAAUAUAAGGAGCAAAAUUAAUGAUAAACAAAUUGGACUGUUGGCCCUUUAGCCAUUGAGCCAUCAGUGUUUAACCUUUUCAUCACCAAAUACACCGUGAUCUUACAUUUAUCUUUUUCUGUGUCGGUAUAAUUUCCCAACAGUGUUCACCGAUUAGGAAAAAAAAUUACUCGUGCAGCUAUUUACAUGUUGCACAAGCUGGAAGAAAUCUUUUACCUCUCGUCAUGAACUAAUGAUCCCGUUUUAAACUUGGUAAAUGUAUGGUCAUGAGCUAAAGUUGUGGAUCCUUUUACACUGAAUAAAGGUCAUUGCCUGAAACACUUAA